GCGGAGUGUGCGCUGGUGCAUUUGCAAUUGUUGCCCUUCGUCGGUAUACUAGCGUGUUUGGUAGAACUUUCAGCACACACCAGCAGCAGGAGUAACAACAACUACCAAUGUCAACCGUGUCAGAUCAGCGGAUGAAAGGACAAGGAACUCAUGGAAAUGGCGAUUACAAUUCUUGGAGUGCGCAAGUGAAUCACGGUCCUGGUGGGGUCGGACAUCAGAAAAAAGCGGACGACGGCUACUACCGAAAUCAUGGGGCUUACCAAAGUCACGAUAGUGUCAGGAAUGUCGAAAAAGGUAUGCAAGGACUUGGACUUGGUUCCUCAGCGCACAACACCGUCGGUGGUGGCAGCGGUGGGGGCAAUACCGGCGUAUCGAAAUACUAUCAGCAACAGCAGCAGCAAAAGGAAGCUCCCAAAAAGAUGACCUGGGCCACGAUCGCUUCGCAGCCGGCGAAACCCCAAGUGAACACCACCAGCACGACGGUCAAGAAGAAGGGCCCUGGCAUGCCGCCUCCACCAAUGAUUCCUGGCAAGCACAACAUGGACAUCGGCACCUGGGAUUCGUCGUCGAAGAACGGCCCCAGCGUUAUCGUUCCGACGCCGCCACCGAUGAUUCCUCCUCCGGUAAUCGAGCCGUCACCUCUAGCUGAGCCCGCACCGCCCAGGUCCGGACCCGGUCGCGAGAUGGGGGGCGCCUCAUCGCAGCAUCAUAACAACCACCAGCAGAACGUGGGACCAGCGGGCAUGCAGAGCGCUAGAUGGCCAACGCCGGGUCAGGCCCAGAUACAGCAGCAGCAAGUAAACGCUGCGCAACCGAGUGGCGAGAGGAACAACGGUUCUUCCUCGGGAGCCACCCAUGCCGGACCCGGUGGCAGCGCCAAUGCCACUGGUGGUGCUGGUGGUGGCUCGAUGUCGUCUGGACCUCAGCACCAUCACAACCAGCACCAGCAGCAGAUGCAACAGCAGCAACAUCAGCAGGGUCCGCAUUCGCGCAACCACCCGUCACAGUAUCAGCCACCUCACGCAUCACAGCCGCAGCAUUCCCAUCACCAGGGGCAAGCACCGAACUACGAACGAGCUCCUAUUCAUCAGCAGCACCAUCACCAGCAGGGACCGCCGCCGCACCAUGGUAACAAUUACAGUCAAUCUCGAAAUCAUAAUGCUGCCUACCCUUCGUCCGGUCCGGGUGGUCCUGUUUCGGCGGGUCCCGGUUUGUCGUCGGGGAUGAGCGAUCGGCACAACAGUGGAGGUUCCGCGGGUGGAAGCUUCCAACAACCCGGCGGUGGUUCGCAUCAGUCGCACCACCAGCAACAUUCGGACAGGCCAUCGUUCCACCACCAACGUGCUUCGAACCAUAACAGUGGCGCAGGCUACCAAUCCGGCGGUUCCGGGGGUGAACGCGGACAGUACCCAUCCAACAGUGCAUCAUCCGACGUUGCUCCACAGGCUGGCAGUGGUGUAUCCGGAUCUUCUGUUGCGAAUGCCGCUACUGGACCAGCACGAUCGCCUUCGCCUUCCGUCUCGGAAAGCGAGAUGGCCGUGAAGCUGGCUGAGUCGCAGAAAAUUCUCGACCAACUGAAAACCAAAAACAAUUAUAAUCCCGCUUCGCUCGAUCUGUUGAAAACGGCUGAAUUAGCUAGAUUCUUUGUCAUCAAGUCGUACUCCGAAGACGACAUUCAUCGUAGUAUUAAGUACGAAAUCUGGUGCUCGACUGAGCAUGGUAACCAGCGGUUGGACCAAGCAUUCCGCGAGCGUGAAGAAAAGGGCGGCACGGUGUAUUUGUUCUUCUCCGUGAACGGUUCCGGACACUUCUGUGGUGUGGCUCAAAUGAUGACUGCCGUAGAUUACAACUCCAACUCGAGCGUCUGGUCGCAGGACAAGUGGAAGGGUACAUUCAAGGUGCGCUGGAUUUACGUGAAGGACGUACCGAACUCGCAUCUGCGCCACAUCCGGCUGGAGAACAACGAGAACAAAUCGAUGACGAACUCGCGUGACACGCAGGAAGUACCAAAUGCGAAAGGCAUCCAGGUGCUGCAGAUCAUCCACAGCUUCGAUCACCAGUCGUCGAUAUUCGACGAUUUCCAGCAUUACGAAAAACGCCAGAUGGAGGAGGACACCCGCAAACACGAGGCACCGCCUCCAUCGAACCACUCGUAUCACAACCAGCGGGACCGUCGGGAGCACCAGGGUGGCGGCGGAGGUGGUCAGUACUACGAUGGGCCAGGAAAGUAUCACGGCGGUGGCAGCAGCGGUGGUGGUGGAUACAACAGCAAGUACAACGAUCGAGGUGGAGACGACGGUUACGAUGGCUAUGGUAACCGAAGCGGAAAUUAUCAUGGAAAUUACAAGGGUGGCAACAGUGGUGGCUACGGCGGCUACAAUAAUCGCAACAGCUACGGUCAUCAAGAAGCGGGACGCGGAUAUCCGAGCUUUGAUCGGCGCAACAACAACGGCAACAAUGGUGGCAGUAACAACAACAGCGAGGAUCAUCACGACGGUUCGGCACCAGGUGGCGGAGGCGGUGGUGGUGGCUAUCACGCACGCGGCGGCGGUGGCUACAACAACCGUCCCCGGGAGUACUAUAAGGAUGAGCGUCGGGGACCGAACGACUAUGGGCGAUCACGAGGCGGUGAUUACGAUAAUGGUCGUGAUAGUGACGGGGGCGGAGUGUACCGAAGCGGCGAUCGUGAUCGCGGAUCUUCGCGGGACCACUUCCGGGAUCGCAAUGAUCGGAUGGGCCCGAACAACAGUCGAGGAGGAGCUGGCAGCAACGGUAGUGGCUCUGGCUCCAACAUCUACAGAAAUCCGAACUAAUCUGAACGUGUAUUGUCACAGCAGAGACUGCAAGGUGGGAUAUUUUAGGGACUUUUGUGUUCGAUUCACUGCCAGUCUCGAACACAGUUCAAAGGAGCACCAGCAACGGGGCCGCUCUUUUCUCCAUUCACAAUUGUGGUUAGAACA